AUGCAGCGCAUCUACAUGCAUAGCAAUGAACACUUUGAAGUAUUCACCACCGUCCUUGCUCCACAAGGUGAGUUUCGAUACAUAGCAGAAGCUGAAAAGAUGGUAGCGGUGCACAGAUACAGUCCGCAGUGGCCGGACGAGCUGGAGCUGACUCUGGGUGACGUCGUCCUAGUUCUGUCCAAACACCAGGAGGGGAGGUGGUUUGGGCGGCUGCAGGACGGCCAGCGGGGCUGGUUCCCCGCCUCCUGUGUGAUGGAGCUGAGCCAGGUGAAUCUCCCUCCAAAAGCUCUACAACGCAGUGUCUCCCUGAGAGGCUCAUCCUAUGACAACGAUGCACGCUGCAGACAAGGAAAUGGACACAUUCUGCAGGCGCUCAAGAGGGGGAGCAGAGGAGGAGCGGGAGGAGGGGGAGGAGGGCUGGACAGGGGCCAAGGCCAGAGCGAGGGCCCCUUCCUGGUAAGGAGGCCCCAGAACUCUAUGUCCCAUGUCGCUGUGGCCUCCGAGCCUCAGAUGCAGAGAUCCCCGAACCUGCUCCACAGGAUCCUGUCCAAGUACCGUAAAAAAAGCGAAUGCCAGGGAGCCACCAAUGGGGCCUUCGAGGGCGACUAA